UUUUAAAGGGCGAGCGAGACGAAACGAUGGUGGUCGCCGACAAACGCAGGCGUCUGAUAGUCUCCACGGCGGGUCACUUCUUCAGCGCGUCCGUGCAGCACGACGUCGAGGAGGACGUCGAGGAUCGCGAGAUCCUCGACCGCUUCCUGGAGCAGUCGUCGUGCAGGACCCUGUGCGCCCGACCGGUCGACGCCGAGCGGAAUCAGGUCCGCUUGAAAUUGAGCACCGAAUUGCCCGCCGGUAGAAACACGCUGGUGUUCUUUAAGGUGACAGCGGCGGCGGUCACGGAGGAGAACUUUCACGACGUGGUCCAGGUGGCCUCGACCGGCUGCGGGGACGGUUCGGUGCUGAUCGAGGGUCUACGUCAGGUCUGGGCGCCGACCCUACGUUCGUCCGGCUUGAGCGCGUCAUGCCUGAAGAAAUUGGAGGAGAGGCUGCUCAGCACCGGAUUUUCGACCACCGUCGCCGAGGAGGAGGAACACUGGAAGCGGAAGCGGAACGAGGCGAAACGAUCGCACGAGAGGGCGAAUUGCGAGGAAGCCGCCAAGUCCGUGAGGAACAUCAGGGUCGAACUCGAGAACGCCGCGGUGUCAAGAGAUGGAUUGAUCGCCGUGGAGGAAGCCUGCGAGGCUAUCUCCGCGUUCGUGGACGAUCUGUGGAAGCUCGGGGGACCGGCGUAUACCGAGGAAAGAAUGAAAUCGUUUCUCGACGUGAUCGGGAACGAAGUGGUCAAGCUGACGCGAAAUUAUCUCGAUGCGGUCGACACAACCGACACUCGUGCAAAGGACGAAACGAUCGCGUUCGGAGCGACGGUGUGCGAAAAGUGGGCGAACGCCACGCAGAAGCUGACGGAGCUUUUCUGGCCGCAUUACUCGCUCCAUCCUUGGCGCGGUGCGAUCUUCGUACCGGAUAAAUGCUCCAAGCUCGGCAGAAGCCUCAGGCAGAUGUCUGAGUUACGUGCGCAGCAUCGUCAAUUGAGCAGACUUCUGACUCCGAGCGAGAGAUCAGGACUCGGUAUCGAGAAAUUGCUCCAGACAUUCGAUGACACAAAAGUUGCUCUGGGCGAUGACGAAUGGGACGAUGAAUGGAAUAGAUUGAGGCGUAAGGUCGAGGAGGGUCUGCUGCCAGCCGAGGAACGCGUUGCUCAGAAGCUGAAGGACCAUAUCGCUAAUGCUGACACGCCGAGCGCUCUGGUAGCCGAAUUCGGAAGAUACAGCGAGCUGAUGAAGAGGGAAGGGAUUAAGAGAGCACUACGCGGAGAACGAGAGUCGCUGCUUGCGGCGUAUCGCGAUCUAAUCGAGAAUCGCUUGGCUGGUCCCGACACCCAAUAUCUUCUCGAUGUUCCUAAAGUGCUGCAAGAGGUACAAGCCGCUAGAUCCGGCGAGGUACGGCUAGAGAAUCUAGCUAAAUUGGGGAAAGAAUUGCUCGCUGAUCUACCGGGAUACGAAGAGGUAGCGGCGCGUUUGUCGAGCUCGCUCAGGGAAGCCGAAGAGAAAAGGCGAGAUUUGGUUGAGUCAUGGGUAAACACAACCAAGGACGACAUAAUCAAGAAGGAAUUAAGCUUGGGCACCGAUUCACCGGUGAUUGAACUUACCGGCACAAGCAUGAUGCGAGUGACCUUCGAUCCCCGAUUGAUGACCCUGAUCAGAGAAGCCAGAGCGUUGUCCGGCGAGGGCGUCGAGUUGCCGAGAGAGAUCAGAGAACUGGUGGACAGAGCCGCGACUUUGGCCGGACGAGCCCGAGCCCUUCAGCAGGUCGCUACCUUUCACAAUACGAUUGGCGACCGAAUGGUACCGUCUCAGAGGCCGCUCAUGCUGACGAUAGCCCUCGAACUGGCGCGAGCUGUACAAGAACAAUCGGGUGUCGUUUGGUCAGAUCCUCACCUCGUCGACGUGUAUACCGCUAGAUUAAAGGAAUUGGUGGUGAAGUUCGCUCGGCAAAACUCGGAACUGAUUUCGAAGCACUCUACUUUGCGAGAUUACGUAUCGGGAUUAUUGAAAGGCGACGCUGUACACCUCGUCGGAAAUCAGAACAUAUGGAAGGAGACGCUGAUGAGCAUGAGAGCGAUUGUCGACGCGGUGGAUUCGGAAUACGGUAACGCGAGAGCUUGGAAGCUGCAUUGGGACCGGCAACUCCUGAAGGCUUUGGGUGUAGCGUACAGGAAUGCCUUGCCAUCUUUGUCGAGGAAGCUGUCCGAGAUUCGUGUGGAACUCACUUUUCGAGAUGGAUCCCUACAGUGGAGACCACCUCUCGAGGAUAUUCGCGCGAAGCUGUACUCCGCUGUACGCCGAUCCCUUUCCAUUCCGAUGAACUUUAGAGGCGUCGGAGACGUCGCCGAUGCGCACUUCGGCGAUCUGGUGCAGAAGAACGCGUAUCUGUUCAGCGGCGUUUACAAGCAAGUCGAAGUCGUCCUAUCCACUCUCGAGUUGUUUAAGACCAAGUGGUUGAGUCUAGCAACACCGGCCAAUAUCGACGUUGGAAAACUAUUGAAGGGCAAACCUCCUCAAGAAUGGGCGAAAGCUUUUAAAGAGGCAAAACAAUGGGCUCAAGAAGUUGGAAAAUUACGCGGCGGCGAGGUAAAAAUCUCGUGCAUAUGCAUCGACACGGCGACGACGAGGAACGAUUUGGAGAUCGCGUCACGUCAUUAUUGGGAGCGGCUGUGUUCCGAUCUGAGAGCGGAGGCGUCCUCGCGGCUGGUGGCUAUCGUGGACUUCCUGUCCUUCGCAGCCAAGGAGCUCGAGCGUAGACCACGCGAUGUGGAAGAGGUCGGAUUAGCUCAUGAGGCUCACGCGCGUAUCGAGCAACAGUCGGCCGGAAUCGCCGAGGAGAUGGAAGUCGUCAGUGUGCUUGCUAAAGUUAUGGCCGCAUGGACCAGCGAAAAGCUCGAUGGCGUUAAUGCAGCUUACGCUGCUUGGCAGGAUCUUGGGGAUCGUUUGGAGAAGCAUAAGGCUGUUAUGGCGCGUUUGCUGGAAGACGCUAAAGUUAAUCUUCGUCAUAAGGCGAUAGCGCUAAGGGACGAAAGAGAGAGAUGGCAGACCAAGUGGUCCACGAGAGCGGAGAAUCUCACGAUCGAUUGGCUGAUGUCGAUGAAGGAACGUUGGACCAAUUUAAACGAACAGCUGGAUUCCUUGAAAGCAGACUGCAAGAGGAUAUCUCUGAACCUCGAAAGUGUCCUGGACGACGAGGACGACAUUAAUUUGACACAAUUGGAGCGUGAAUUGGAAACCGAGGAGUCAAAUUACAGAUUCCAAGCCGAGUUUUUGGAGGAGCUGAAAAAUCAGGAAACCGAGGAGUGGGCCGUAGCUAGGAGACGAUUGCCUAGACUUCACGAUUGGCUCGACUCCUGGCAGAAUAAGAUUCGGUUGCAUGACAAUUUGGAGGUCGACACCUUCGUUGGUAGAAAAAUUAACGAAAUUAGAUCUGCAAUAGAAUCUAUUCAGUCGCUUCGGGGAGACGAGAUCGCCGACGAGCACUGGACCGAGUUGAUUCCUAUAUUGGGUUUGAAGAUCGAAAAUCCGCGGCAUAUUACUUUGGGCCAUUUGUUCGCUUGUACGAAGACGCUGAAGGAGAACGAGGAUCGAAUAAAAGAAAUAACAAAACGAGCGAUCGCAGAGAGCGGGAUUCGACAGGCAUUAAUAGACCUAGAGAUCUGGGAAAGUACAGCGUCGCUUCCGUUGCAGGAGUCAACCGACAGCAAGAAUAUGAAGAUCUUACUAGUCGGAGACUAUGGCAGCCUACUGGCAAAAAUAGAGGAAUUGAGGCUCUUGCUCGAAGGCGCGAAGGGUACAACAGGACAUGAUAGAUUCGCGUCUAGAGCUGCGCGCUGCGAAACGGCUCUAUCAGAGCUCGAGGAAAGGAUCAAGGCACUCAGCAGCGUACAGAGGAAGUGGCUCUACCUUGAUCCGGUCUACGGAAGUGGAGCGGCUCCUAGUGACUCCGGGAAAUGGUCUAGGGCUGAUAGGGAAUUUAGAUACCUCAUAGGAGAAGUAUCCCGAGAUCCCAGAAUACCAUCUUUGAGACGACUUCCAUUGCCAGCUUUAAUAAAUUUAAAAGAUCUGUUAGACAGAUGUCAGAAAUGCCUGGACGAGUUUUUGGAGGAGAAACGAGCAGCUUAUCCGAGACUAUACUUUCUCAGUGACGAGGAUCUUCUGGAAUUGGUAUCGGGGAGUGAAAGAAGCUUGGAGGCUCACUUGCCAAAGUUGUAUCACGGUAUUGGUUCAGUAGUAAAGGAGGAUAAUUCAUUAACAGCGAUUGCAUCGCCCGAAGGAGAGAUAUUAAAAUUACCAGAGGCUAUUGAUCUCACGGAACCUUUACCGCAGUGGCUGGAUAAUCUCGAAAAAGGAAUGAGAAACGCUCUUUGUCAGAGUUUGGAGAGGUGUUUGAAUGACUCCACACCCGAUCCGUCCGUUUAUCCCAUGCAGAUGUUACUAUUAUCGGAAAGAAUAGGAUUUACUGAGCGUUGCGAACGCGCACUGAAAGAAGGUCGCACGGCUCUACAGAAGCUUGUCGAAUAUUUGGAAACGCAGAGGGCAAAGUACAGAGGGCUGGAGGAUGCUGGUGACAAACUGACCGCGUUGAAAGCGCGCGGACUCCUUCUGGACACUGUUCAUCAUCUACAAGUGGCCCGAACAUUGUUGAGGAUUGUAGUAACGGGCGAGAAUGCUGGCUGGACGUGGUACAAACAACUGAGAAGUUACAAAACCAAUCAAGACACGUACGUGGUACGGUGCGCCGGUGCAGAAUUACCGUAUCGCUUCGAGUAUCAAGGGGCGUCUAUCGGUUUGGUAAGAACUCCAUUGACAGAGAAGUGUUUCUUAGCUCUCACGCAAGCUAUGAAACUUGGACUGGGCGGGAGCCCGACCGGUCCCGCUGGAACCGGGAAGACCGAAAGUGUUAAAGCUCUAGCAUCGAUUUUGGGUAGAUUGGUCCUCGUUUUCAAUUGCGACGAAGGAAUGGACACCGGCAGUAUGAGGCGUAUCUUGGGCGGCUUGGCUCAAGCUGGUGCUUGGGGUUGCUUUGACGAAUUCAAUCGUCUCGAGGAGGAUACCCUGAGUGCGGUGUCGAUGUUGGUCAGGCCGCUUCAGGAGGCGCUACGAAACGGCUCGUCCGAGAUCCUGCUCGGCGAUCAGAAGGUCAAGCUGGAUCCUCACUGUUGCAUCUUCAUCACGAUGAAUCCAGCUGGGAGCGAAUACGGCGGCAGACGCAAGCUGCCGGAUUCCUUAGCGCGACUCUUCAGGCCCAUCAGCAUGGCGCAUCCGGAUAAGUCAGACAUUGUCAGGACUCUGCUAGAGUGCGCCGGUUUCUUGGAGGCGACCACCCUCGGGAAACGACUCGUGGAGGCUCUCGACAUUGCCGAGACCAUGCUUUCCGAGCAGUCGCAUUACGAUUGGGGUCUCAGGGCUCUUAAAUCUGUGCUUGACGAUCUACGCCCGAUUGCCGGUGCUGAUGAGGCCACAAGGCUUCUUGUUUCGAUCAAGGCAUCAACUCUUCCGAAACUGACGGAAGCAGAUACGACAAAGUUCCUGUCAUUGCUGGAUGAUCUCUUCCCGAAAACUAAUCUUCCCUUAUCAGUCUCCACCGAAGGCGAACAUUUGGUCGUCGCAUUGUUGAAGGUUUGCGAAACGCGGGGAUUGACGAAAGAGGUUGCCAACAGAUGCGUUCAGCUGAACGAUCUGUUGAAGAGUAGAACUGGCGUCGCCAUAGUUGGUCCACCGGGUAGCGGGAAGACGUCGAUCAGGUCAUGUUUGAUUGAAGCAAUGGCGAAAAUCGGCGAAUUCGUUCAGCAGAUUAUCGUUUAUCCUGGCGCAAUACCAAAAAGCAGGCUAUUAGGUUACGUGAAUCCGCGGACGAGGGAAUGGAAAGAGGGUGUCCUUUCGAGCGCGGUAACGUCCGCUGGGAAUUCUGCGACCUGGAUUAUCUUUAAUGGGGAUGUAGAACCCGAGUGGGCAGAGGCGUUAAAUUCAGCGUUGGAUGAUAAUCGACUACUAACGUUACCUAAUGGGAUAGGAAUUAAGCUUGGUAGCGGUACAAGGUUCAUCUUCGAGACUCACAAACUCGCCGACGCCAGCCCAGCGACAGUUUCCCGAUUAGGCGUUUUGCAUCUCGGUUCGACGAAACCGACGUCCUUAUUGGUGCCGUGGCGUUUAGAGCAACUUUCGUCAACCGCUGCGGAGAUCGCUAACACCCAUUUAUGUUCGUGCAUCGACGAAACCCUGAAGAUAAACGUUGACAAUUCAUCCGCAUCCGGUCUGAUGGCCGCCACGUUGUGCCACCUUCAUAAAGCGCAGACGUUUGCUCAGGUUACUCAAGCUCUUCUGGUCUCGUUGUGCGGCCAAGUGGAAAAUGCACGAUCCAAAGACGAUUUGGCGAAAUUCAUUUACGGGUCAACCGAAACCUGGUGUCCCGAUCCACAAAAGCCAAGCGCGGUUAUUUACGAUCACGAAACCGAUCGAUUGGUACCCUUCAGCGAUACAUACGAGUCUAUCGAUACUGAUUGCGGGUCUAUUUCGAUUUCCGAUCGCAUGAAGAAAGCAUUGGCGGCUAUUUUGCCCUGGAUAGAAGACGGCCAUCCGAUCAUGAUUCGUGGACUCGAAGCUUGCGGCAAAAACGCUUUGAUCGACAUUGCAUUGACAAAAAUGAAAAAUCAGGAUACCACGACCGUGAUACGAGGAUCUUCGCUUUACGGUCCUGACGAUCUUGUCAAUCGUUUGAAGAAGGCCUGCCUACGCUUGGAGUCUUCUUCGCAGGGUAGAACGUACAAGCCGAGAAGUGGAUCUCGAGUGCUUCUUAUCUUGGAAGAUAUGCAUCUCGCUGCUAAAGACUUACAGGAAUUAAUGAGAGAAUUACUUCAGGAGGAAGGUUUCCUCGAGGAAGAUCUCGAAUUUUCUAAAAUAUCUUUGACGAUCAUGUGCACUGCCGACAUAACUACUCGAUUACAUCCGAGGCUCGAAGCAUUAUUUGCAACUUAUUAUCUGGAAUAUCCAAGUCAAAAGGAUAUUGCGGCCAUCCUUGAACUUCAUUUAAGGACCUCUUUAAAACAAGUCGAUUUUGUUAUGGCGGAAUCAUGGAUAGCUCGAAUAAAACCUAGUAUCUUGGAUGCUUUUCGAUCUGUGAGUUUUACCCAGGAAACUUCUUUGUCCUGGACUCUCAGAGAUAUUGUCACCUGGGCAAGGCUCUUAAAGUAUUAUCCUACCCCUGAAAACGAAACGUAUAUUACUCGUUACUUGUUAGACAUUGGGCAACGUCUAUUUCGCUCAAGAUUAACUUCCAAGGCGCUGACACGGUGGGAAUCUCUGUUAACUUCAAAGGACUCUGAAGUAAAGGAUUUCAACAAUGAUAUAUACGCAUGGAAAAGCGCGAAUAUUGCGUUGUAUCCUUUGAGCGAGGAACAAUGGCGAGAAGAAAUAAUCAAUGCAGCGGCUAGAUGCGCCAGAGAAGGUCAACCAGUGCAGGCAUCGAUUUCAUCUUAUCUUUUGGAAACCGUAGCUGGAUUGAGUUGGGCCAUUGGAUGCGAUUUCCGUGGUAUAAUUCUCGUUGGACGACCGGGAACGGGCAGAAGAUCAGCGGUUAAAUUGGUUGCAACUUUUUCCUCCUUACGACUAAUCGACUCGGGACCUGAACGUGGUAAAGCGGCAAUAAAGAGCGCCGUGCAAGCGGCCGGCAUCGAGAAUCAACCGACUUUGCUCUUGUUGGAGGAACAUCAUGCCAGGGAGGAAACCUUAGCCGUUAUGGUGAGCGCCAUAGUAUCCAAAGGGGAAGUUCCAGGACUCUUUACGACGGAAGAGCUUGACGCGCUGGUCACACCGCUCGCCGAUCUGGCCAGAAGAGAAGAUUUUCAAGGGACACUGGAACAGUAUCUGUAUCAUCGCUUGCGCAAGUAUCUUCGAAUAGCGAUGAUCUUAGAUUCAGAAGAGAUCGAAUCAUCGUCGCUGCUACGUCUCGGCUUACUUCGGUAUUGCGCACUUCUCGGGGCUGGGCCGGGUGGUCCUGACGAGUGGUGGUCCCGGGAAAGUUCGUUAAUUAAACUGGCAGUUCAAGAGGGUACUCUGCAAUUGGACGAGCUCGAGGAGCUCCCGCAAGGAGCAAAGCUCAUGAUCGGAGCUCAUCUUCAAGCACCACGCCAUCAAAGGGCACCGGCGCGAUUUCUAGCUUUGGUGCACACCUGGAGGCACCUCCGCGACACGUGGAGCAAGGAGGUCGAGGAGAAGAUACGAUCUCUGGAGGCCGGUAUCAGCAAGCUAAGAGAAGCCGGCGAGCAGGUGACCAAGCUGGAGGACGACGUAUCCAGACAACGCCAGGAACUUGAGGUGGAAAAGGGUAGAGCUAAUGCAGCUCUUGAACAAAUCACCGCCACAAUGAGAGGUGCCACCAAUCAGAGGGGGGAAAUGACAAGUUUGAAGGCCAGCACGGAACGCGAGAGUGCCGAGCUCGCGCUGCGUAAGGCGGACAUAGAGAGUGAAUUAGGGAAGGUCGAGCCUCUGGUGGCGCAAGCUGCUCAGGCAGUGGCUGGCAUAAGUGCCGAUGCAUUAGCUGAAGUUCGUUCGUUGAGAGCACCGCCGGCGCCGGUGAGGGAUGUGCUCGAAGGUGUCCUCCGGCUGAUGGGUAUAAAGGAUACGUCUUGGAAUAGCAUGAAGACCUUCCUCGCCAAACGAGGUGUCAAGGAUGAGAUCAGAAAUUGGGACGCGAGACGUAGCACACCUGCGAGUUUAGAGACAGUCGCCAAGCUGAUAAAGGAACGUCCUGACAGUUUCGAGGAGAAAACCGCGAAGAGAGCAUCGGUAGCGGCCGCUCCGCUGGCCGCUUGGGUACUCGCGAAUCUUCAAUACGGUCAAAUAUUGGAACAGGUCGCUCCCCUGGAACGAGAACAACGUCAAUUAGCAGAGCGAUUGGCGAUGGCCGAGGCACAGUUGGACAAAUUGACAACGGGAUUAAACACGGUAGAAAGCCGUGUGGCGCAGCUACAGAAGGAACUUGCCGAGCACACGAGAAGUGCCGCUGAAUUGCAACUACGAACCGAAUCUACCGAGUCCAGUCUUACGACGGCACGUGCUUUACUACAGAAACUCGAUACCGAGCAUCGCGACUGGCAAACACAAUUCCAGGAGCUGACUGCCAGAAAGGAACGAUUGGACGUUGAGGCAGCUAAUGCGGCAGCUUUGCUUGUAUAUCAAGAUCCUGACAGAGAUGAUAAUUGGAAGAAAUCAGCGACCAAGUUACUGGUAACUGAACGCGAGAGAUUAUCGUGGGGGGCACAGGGUUUGCCAGCAGACACGAACAGCCUGGUCGCGGCCUCCCGCGUACUAAAAGGACCCUUGGUACCCAUUUUCCUCGAUCCCUCGGGAGUAGCUGUCACCUGGAUCCGACGCAAUUUUGGCAACAAACUUGAGAUAACCCAGCCUGAAAAUUCUAAGUUUUUGACGACUCUGGAGCUCGCGGUGCGUUUCGGAAAGCCCUUGUUGGUCGAAGAAUUGGUCGAGUUCCCGUCGAUACUGUUGCCCAUGCUUCGUCGGGGGCCACUCAGACUGGGCGAUCGCAUUUUGCCCGCUCAGGAAGGCUUUCAACUAUUCCUGGCCACUAGGAAAGAUCGAUUGGAAGAUAUCCCGAAAGAAGCCGACGCUGUGUUGUGUGAGAUCACACUCGGCGCCGGUGUGAGAAGUUUGGCAGAGAGAUUUGUGGAGAAGCUAUUACUAAACGAAACCCCGGAACUCGAAACGCAAAGAAGAGAGGCGUUAGAGAGAGAGGAGAGACUGUCCGGGGAACGGGACGCAGCUAGGUUGGAUAUGUUGAGUCAACUAGCUACAGCCAGAGGCCAAGAUCUCUUACAAGAAUCCCAAGAACAAGGAGGUCUUUUGUCUACGUUGGAAGCAACGCAGUCUAAGGCGAAGGAGAUAGCGAUCGCACUUGAAGAAAGCAGACAAAGUUUGAACGAAGUCUCGAGGCGUGCCGAAGAACAUGAAAAGUAUGCGCAAUUCGCCGCUAAUGUUUACGAGACUAUCAAAGGAUUGACACUUCUCAGCUCCUUAUACGUCAUCUCCACGGAAGCUUACACCGAUAUCUGCUUGAAAGCGGUGCAGAAUGAUACCACUUUCGCGAAUGAAAACAAAGCUAAGGGGGAAUUGGCAGAUCUAGUUGAGAAACGGUUGAUAACUCUGACGUUUCAUCACUGCGCGAAGGCGGUCUACAGGAAGCAUAGACUUCCAUUGGCGUUGCAUAUGGCGUUAUCGUUGAAUCCAGUCUCGGAUGUCGAGAGAAAUCUCCUGUUUGACAACGGCACGAUCGGCAACGCCGAUAAUUCUGACUUCGACUUACCCGAAUGGAUACCGGACGAACGACGCGAAGCUGUGCUAGCCUUAGGUUCUUCUCUACCCAAUGUAGCCGCUAGAAUGAAAUCUUCUUGGUUGAACAAUAUUUCUGAUAUUUACGCAGACAGCGGACUCAGCGCUUUCCAGAAGGUUCUGGUCGUGAAGGCACUACGGCCUGAUUACUUACACACCGCUCUUUCCAAAUUAGCUGCGAAACAAUUAGGUGUAAAAGAUUUGGCACCGCCUCUAUGGACAUUGAGCGCGAUUGCCCAGGAAAAGGCGGGAUCAUAUCCUGUCCUAUUACUUUUAUCGCCGGGUACUGAUCCCGGUCCCGAGCUCAGUGUACUAGCUGAGAAACAUACCUCCGCUGGAUUUACCGAGGUUUCUCUGGGCCAAGGACACGUCACGCAAGCCGAAUUGGCGUUGGAAGCCGCAUGCAGAAACGGUGGCUGGAUAUUGCUAAGCAACUUGCAGCUCGCCUUGAACUGGCUGCCGCGACUGGAAAGUUUACUUCGCUCGCCGAUGUGUACUACGAACAAGAAUUCCUCCACGAAGAUCUGGCUGAGUACCGAGGAGUGUUCCGGGUUCUAUCCGGGAUUAGCGGGGCUCUGUUUGAAAUUGGCGUACGAGCCGCCCGAGGGCGUCAAGAGGAACGUGAGAAAAUCGCUUCAGCAGCUGCGACAGUCGCAGCAUAACGACAACGACAUCGCGGCCACUAUAUUGGUGCUUGCCUGGUUACACGCGACGCUUCAGGAACGGCGGAACUUCAUUCCUCAAGGUUGGAUCAGGCCGUACGAGUGGAACGAGUCGGAUCUCGAGGCUGCCUACGAGUUGGUAAUAAAGAACGUGACGAAGGAGAAACGAUCGCAGCAAGGGGACUGGCAGAUUGGCAGAGGUUUACUCGACGUUGCGGUCUACGGUGGCCGGCUUCAGGACGAGUACGACGCAAGGGCGUUGCGCUCGAUGAUACGCAACGCGUGGUCCAAAGACAUCUUCGAGGGACGCCAGAAGUUGGGAGACGUGUUAAAAGUGACCGACAUGACGAUGGCCGAUCCGUUAAGGUCACUGGAGAAUUUGAACGACGUCGAUUUGCCGAAAGAGUACUUCGGACUUCCCGCCAAUGCUCAUAGAGCAUGGGAAAGGGCUGCUGCGGAGAGAGCCCUGACGUAUCUCAAAGGUAUCAUGGUGAAGCAUUUUAGCAACAGCAAAGGAAAUGAUGACAAAUUAGAAAAGUCGAACAUUCAACGGGAUUUAAAGGAAGUCAUGGAACGACAGAUUUCCCUGACGUUCACGAGUGACGCAGGUGUGACGAGCGAACGGAAGGGAAACCCUUUGCAGGACUUCUUCAUCGACGAAAUCGAUCUUACGAGGAAGCUAUUGGAUAUUGUACAAGCAGACAUGGAGACGUCGUCUCUCGAAGAUAACGAGACUCCCAAGCACUGGCUUGCGGAAUGGCGUACGGGCCCGAGGAAUGCCAUUCAGUUCACAAAGGCGCUCUUGUCUAAGUACGAAGUGCUAAAAUCUUCAGCGGUAAACAUACCCCGUCGAAUCGAUUUGUCCCAGCUGUCCCGACCACGAGCUCUCCUGACCGCACUGAAGCAACACACCGCGCGAGAACUCGGUCAUCCGUUGGAAACACUUCAUCUGCGUGCCAACUGGACCGAGAAUCGUACGAACAAAGAGUGGAAAGUAUCGCUCCAGCUCGAAGGUUUACUCGUAUCAGGUGCCUCGAUCGAGGAAGGUGUCUUAAGGGAUCUGGACGUAAAUUCGGCGGCUGUUGCGGUCGCUCCGACAUGCCAAGUGGCGUUCAUGCCGGAGGAAUACUCGGACGGCAAAUCCAACGACGACAAUCUUUACGCUCUCGAAGAUGCGUAUCGGCAAGAUUAUCUAAACAUACCAGUUUACACAAGUGCUCAACGGGAGUCUCUAAUUUGUUCAUUACCGAUCACGUGCCCGCGAGAAGAAUGCGACGCGUGGUUACGCCGUGGCGUCAUCCUGUAUCUGAGAUAAGUAGCUUUCGUAAUUGUCCCCGAUUAAACUGAUGAAGAUGAAGAUACACAAUUUGCAAGUAGCACCAGACCAGUUAAAUCAGAUCUCCAACAGGAUUAAGUGGCCCUUAAUUAUUACUCAGUGCUAGCUAAAUAAUGAUAUUUUAUUCACAUUUUGUAUUCACACUUAAUCUCGAUAAGAAACGUAGGUUCCUAAUCUGUUGUAGUCUUAAACGUUUUUUAACUUUCUAUUUAUUUCUUUAUUAAAUAUAUUUAUCAAAUGUAAUUUAGACUAAUAAGCUGCAUAGAUAAGUAACUUUUGUUGAAAAAAAAGAAGAUAAUUUUAUAGUAGUAUUAAAAAUGUUAAACUGUAUUUAUUUUAACAAAAAUAAAUAUUUCAUAAUUAUUAUCAAA